CCCAGAAUAGAGGUCGAGGCCCGACUACGAGAAGAAGAGAGUGAGCUUGCACCUAUCCUUAUCGAACCGGACAGGCAGCGGGAGGGCAGCUGCGACGGGUCCAUGGUGACCAAUAUGGUGAUGAACAAUGUUCUCAACGAAGACUACGUUCUACCGUACCUUCAUUUCAUCAAGCAUCACGAACUGCGAGCGCUGAAGCAAUGGCUGGUGGACAAUCACUACGUCAGGAGAUCGGCUGUAAUCAGCCGUAUGGAGAAGGUACUGCACUGUCUGGAGCUGCUGCAGACGGGAUGCCGCUACGAAACCAUAGCAACCAUCUUCUCACGGACACCGCGACAGGUCGAAAGUUCUUGCCAUGAAGUCAUGGAAGGCCUCCUCGAGCUGCACGGCUUCACCAUGAUCAAAGCCCGUGAUCAGGAGAUGUACGCAACGCUCUGGGGCAUCUGGAGCAGAAAGUUUGGCAACCCACAGAAUCAGCAUCCGGCCGCCCAUUACUACGGCUUCGACUGGCUCGAUAUCGGCAAAGUAAUGGUGACACUCAAUCUCUACAUCGGUAGAUGGCGCGAGCAAGGCAAGUUCUCGCUCGAAGGUCCAUCGCUCAAUUGGGGCAAGUUCUUCGAUGCAGAAGGAACAGGGAGGUUCCCUAGAAUGGACCAACCCUUACGGCUGCAAUACAGCACCAUCAGCUCAAACUCCAGCGAUGAAACAAACGACAAGAGCGAGGACGAUGAC